UGCUGAGACGCCUCUAUGUAAAAUGUUAGCUAUGUUUUUAAUAAAUGGUACAGCUACCGCUUGAAAGGCCUGUUUGAAAAAAAAAAGGAAAUUAGUCAUUAGCAAGUGAAGUCUGUUUUGUGGUGAGGGCAGCAGGGCGUUUAUUCUUGUGAACAGACGGUCAAGCCACGUGACGGGGAGUGCUUGGAAGGAAAAAGGGGGAGUGGUAAUGUGGUGAACAUCCUUUGGUCUAAAGAGAGUCCGAUUGUUAUCGCUGUCAAACAUUAAGAAACUGACAAGAGUGUGGAGGGACAACAGCUCAGGGGGAGAAGGUGUGUGACCACCAUCCAAGUUGAACAUUGGAGCUCUGUCUGGAAGGACCAUACAGCAGACAUGGUUGAAACAGACACUUUGCAGAAGGACGGGAAACAUAUUGGUUUAAGUACCAAAAACAUUAAGGAUGACAAAGGUAAAAAGAAGAAGAAAGAAAAAAAGGAAAAGUUACCCAUGGUUGGCCCCAUUGAACUGUUCAGGUUUGCGGAAGGCAUAGAUUUGGUGCUGCUCUUCUUUGGGACCUUAAUGUCGGUGACCCAUGGUGUAGUGUUGCCUAUGAUGUUAAUCGUGUUUGGAGAAAUGACGGACAGCCUCGUAAAUGACGCAGCAGUAAAUCUGAUGAACACCAGCCACCCAAAUUUCACAAUGCCAAACAGCACCUUACAGGCAGACAUGACAAACUUUGCCAUCUAUUAUUCCAUCUUGGGUGCCUUGGUGCUGGUGGCUGCUUACAUGCAGGUUGCCUUCUUCAUGGUGUCAGCUGGACGGCAAGUCAAACGCAUUCGAAAGCAUUUUUUUCACAGCAUCAUGCGGCAGGACAUCGGCUGGUUUGACGUCAGCGAGACAGGAGAGCUCAACACUCGUCUUACAGACGAUGUCUAUAAGAUCCAAGAGGGGAUCGGAGACAAAGUGGGGAUGCUGAUUCAGUCCUUUGCCACCUUCAUCACAUCUGUCAUCAUCGGUUUAGUGAAAGGAUGGAAACUCACGCUGGUCCUUCUGUCCAUCAGCCCCUUGCUGGGCCUUACGGCUGCACUUUUUAGUACGGUGCUUGUAUCGUUCACGUCUAAAGAACAGGCUGCCUAUGCUAAAGCGGGGUCCGUGGCAGAGGAGGUGCUUUCUUCCAUCAGGACGGUGUUUGCCUUCAGUGGUCAGCAAAAAGAGAUUGACAGGUAUCAUAAGAACCUAGAGGACGCUAAGACUGUGGGAAUAAAGAAAGCAAUAAGUUCAAACAUUGCUAUGGGCUUCACCUUCUUAAUGAUCUAUCUGUCCUAUGCUCUUGCCUUCUGGUAUGGGAGCACACUUAUUCUGAGUGGAGAGUACUCUAUUGGGGUUGUACUUACGGUUUUCUUUGCUUUGAUUAUUGGAGUAUUUGCAUUGGGGCAGACAUCCCCUAACAUCCAGUCCAUUGCCAGUGCUCGAGGAGCUGCACAUAAAGUGUACAGCAUCAUUGACAAUAAACCAUGCAUCGACAGCUAUUCACACAGCGGCUUCAAGCCUGAUGUCAUCAAUGGAAACAUUGAGUUCAAAAACAUCCACUUUAACUACCCAUCAAGGCCAGAUGUCAAAGUAUUAAACAACUUGUCCUUGAGCGUGAAAAAUGGACGAACCAUGGCUUUAGUAGGAAGUAGUGGCUGUGGAAAAAGUACAACUAUCCAGCUAUUGCAGAGGUUUUACGAUCCUAUGGAGGGAUCUAUAUUCAUUGAUGACCAUGACAUCCGUUCUCUCAACGUCCGCUACCUGCGAGAGAAGAUUGGAGUGGUGAGUCAAGAGCCCGUACUUUUUGCCACCACGAUCACAGAGAACAUUCGAUACGGACGAAGUGAUGUGACGCAGCCGGAGAUAGAGCAAGCUGCCAAGGAGGCCAAUGCUUACAACUUCAUAAUGAACCUUCCUGAUAAAUUUGAGACACUGGUUGGGGAUCGAGGGACUCAGAUGAGUGGAGGACAGAAGCAGAGAAUCGCAAUUGCUCGAGCACUUGUCCGUAACCCCAAAAUCCUUCUGCUGGAUGAAGCAACAUCUGCUCUUGAUGCAGAGAGUGAGACUGUAGUACAAUCUGCACUGGACAAGGUCAGACUGGGUCGGACCACAAUAAUUGUGGCCCAUCGUCUCUCAACUAUCAGAAACGCUGAUAUCAUCGCUGGCUUACAAAACGGGGAGGUUGUUGAGUUUGGGACUCAUAGCGAGCUAAUGGAAAAACAGGGUGUCUACCACAAUCUCGUCACCAUGCAGACCUUUGAAGAAGCCAAAGGUGAACAGCAAGAUGAAAAUCAGGAAGAAAAGAACCCAGAAUCAAAAACGAGUCCCGACUCCCCUCAAUUCAGGAGGAGGUGUACAAAAAGUUCCUUCACUGGUUCAGAGGGAAAGAAAGAAGAGAAAGAAAAACUGGUGGAUGCCAAAGACGAGGAGGAUGAAAAAGUUCCACCCGUGUCGUUCCUCAAAGUGAUGCGUUUUAAUCUUCCCGAGUGGCCUUACAUUCUAGUCGGGACCAUCUGUGCUAUGAUCAACGGAGCGAUGCAGCCUCUGUUUGCAGUCCUCUUCUCCAAGAUCAUCACCGUGUUUGCCGAGCCUGAUGUGGAAGUCAUUCGACAGAGAUCUCUAUUCUUCUCCCUCAUGUUCGCUGCUAUUGGAGGCAUAUCUUUUUUUUCCAUGUUUUUUCAGGGUUUCUGUUUUGGUAAAUCUGGAGAGAUCCUCACGAUGAAACUGAGACUUUCGGCUUUCAAAUCCAUGCUGAGGCAGGACCUUGGAUGGUUUGAUGACCACAAGAACAGUGUUGGAGCGCUCACAACAAGGCUUGCCACAGAUGCUGCUCAAGUACAAGGGGCUACAGGAGCACGUCUGGCUACUGUGGUCCAAAAUAUUGCCAACAUGGGCACCGGUCUGAUUCUGGCCUUUGUAUAUGGCUGGGAGCUGAGCCUGCUCAUCCUGUCGGUGGUGCCGGUUAUGGCGGUGGCUGGAGCUGUGCAGAUGCAGCUGCUCUCUGGGCAAGCUACCGAGGACAAGAAGGAGCUGGAGAAGGCAGGAAAGAUUGCUACAGAAGCCAUCGACAAUAUUCGCACUGUCGCAUCUCUGACCAGAGAACCCGAGUUUGAGUCUCUGUAUCAUGAAAACCUCAUCGUUCCAUUCAAAAACUCCCAGAAAAAGGCCCAUGUGUACGGCUUUACCUUUGCAUUUACCCAGGCCGUGAUCUACUUUGCUUAUGCAGGAUGUUUCCGGUUUGGAGCUUGGCUCAUUGACAAUGACAGAAUGAACGUGGAAGGAGUUUUCUUGGUGAUUUCAGCAGUUCUGUAUGGAGCCAUGGCUCUCGGAGAAGCCAAUUCUUUCGCUCCUAACUAUGCAAAAGCCAAAAUGUCUGCUGCACACAUCAUGAUGCUCCUGAACAGAGAGCCUGUCGUUGAUAAUCUUUCAGAACAGGGAGAGUCGCUGGAUAAAUUUGAUGGUAACGUGCAAUUCGAGGGUGUAAAGUUUAACUACCCUUCACGCCCUGAUGUACCCGUCCUCCGAGGGCUGAAUCUGAAGGUGAGCAAAGGAGAGACACUUGCCCUGGUAGGAAGCAGUGGCUGUGGAAAAAGCACAACCAUCCAACUUCUGGAGAGGUUUUACGACACCAUGAAUGGAUCAGUGAUGCUUGAUUCCAGGAGUGUAAAAGAGCUGAACAUCCACUGGCUGAGGUCUCAGAUUGGUAUUGUGUCCCAGGAGCCUGUGCUGUUUGACUGUAGCUUGGCUGAAAACAUCGCCUAUGGAGACAACAGUCGCACUGUAACUAUGGAAGAGAUUAAGGCAGCUGCUGAGGCAGCCAACAUUCACAGCUUCAUUGAAAACCUGCCAAAGAAGUAUGACACUCAGGCAGGCGAUAAGGGGACCCAGCUUUCAGGGGGUCAGAAACAACGAAUAGCCAUAGCCCGAGCCAUCCUCCGUAACCCCAAACUGUUGCUUCUGGAUGAAGCCACGUCUGCACUCGACACUGAGAGCGAGAAGGUGGUGCAGGAGGCGUUGGACAAAGCAAGGCAGGGCAGGACGUGUAUAGUUGUCGCCCACCGUCUGUCUACCAUCCAAAACGCAGACCGCAUUGUUGUAUUUCAAAGAGGUGUGGUUAUAGAACAAGGGACACAUCAACAACUGUUAUCCAAAAAGGGAGUUUAUCACAUGCUGGUCACAACCCAGAUGGGUCAUGGAAGGGAAUCAGAAGAUUAAUUAAAUGUAUUUCAAUAGGUUUACAAAUAGAAACUUAUUAUUGUUGUAUUAUUGUUUUAAUUAGUAGUAGCACCUGAUUGUUUGAACGUACUACCUCAGCAUUGGAAUUCGUGCUGACUUUGUGUCCACUGGCUAACAUAAAUUGCCUUUAAAGUCAAAUCGCCUUUUUUGUAUACAUACAGUAUAUAUAUAUGUAUAUACAAUUUUAGGGGUGUAACGGUACGUGUAUUUGUAUUGAACCGUUUCGGUACGGGGGUUCGGUUCGGUUCGGAGGUGUACCGAACGAGUACACAUGCUAGCAACGACCGGGCUAGGACAACAUGUAAAAUCCAGAGCUGGAAGACCCUCCUGCCUCGUUAAGAUCUCCCGUUUGGGAACACUUUGGCUGCGCGAUACAACAAUGGAGGACGGAGGUUUGCCGACAUCGUUCAGCAGCUGCUUCUGACAACACGUCAAACAUGUGUUGCACCUUUCCUGCUUCCGGCUCCCAGACCGUAGUCGAGGAGCACAGGGGAGACACUCCUCCAGGGUCGAUGUAUUCUCGGGGGCAACACCCUUCACUCUGCCCGGCAGUGGGUCUCCACAGCUCCGGACUCCAGAGUAAAUGACGAGUCCGGCGAUUAGUUGCAAAUCGUGGCUUUAUUGAGGUCUUGCACACAGCCAAUCCAACAAAACACUAGCCACUCCCCACACUCACGCUACCGCUCCCUCACCUCGCUCGCCCACACACUCACCUCACAUGCUGUCACAUAUUAAAGGGCCACACACACACAUACGCUACUCUCAUAACACAUGCUAACCCAUUCGAAGCUGUUAUAUACCCAUAUAUAUGGUUGGGCAUUACACCAAUAAUAAUAAGGACACGGAAACGUUGGUUGCUCUGUAGCUUCACGCUUACUACUGUCAAGGUCAACAACAACUCUGUACGAUACAGGAAGUGACAUCACAAGCAGAAGGCAUGACGGUAACUCAGCAGGGACAAAACUAGGACUGUUAAUACACAACAUCCCUCCCCUUUUACUUUUAAGGUUCCCUUACCAAAAAUAAAAUAAACAAAAUCAAAACCGACUUCAAAAUACACGUCAGUCUCUUCUGUGAAAUAUAACUGUUCAACGAUAACUUUAAACAAAUACAACACUUGCCUGAACUAGAGAAUGAGGGUGGACUACCUCAAUCCCAAACUGAACCCUGGGGGUUAUUCUGCCCCAAUGACACGGGUCAGACUACAAUGACAGUCUAUCUGGGGGUCGUCUUUCUCGUUGAGGGUAAACAUGACCUCUAGGCACUUCGGUCACUGUAGAUCAGGGGUGCUCAUUACGUCGAUCGCGAUCUACCGGUGGAUCAUGGAGGGUGUGUCAGUCGAUCCCCAGCCAGGCAUUAAAAAAAUAGUCCUAAAAAUGAGCGAUCAUAAAUCUUCACUAUGACGUCACUUUCGUUACUUGAUUGACAUUCACGGCACCCGAGGGUCUUCUGAGAUGACGCUGGCUGCUGCCAGCUCAUUAUUAAGAAAAAAAUACCGACAGGAUGAAGGCGAGAAACACUUUUUAUUUCAACAGACUCUGGCGCCGUACCUGUUGUCAAAACUCCAAAGACCGACUGCACAGUUCCUGCCUUCACAAUAAAAGCUCUGCUUCAUCCUGCCUGCGCUAAGAGUCUCAGAAAGCUGGCGUGCACAAGCUAGCAAGCUACAGAGUUUGCCGCCAAUGUAUUUCUUGUCAAGUGUAUACAAAGGAGUACGGAAGCUGGACAAAUAAGAUGCCAAAAACCAACCACUUUCAUGUGGUAUUGGACAGAAAGGGUGACUUUUUUUCUCCUCCAUUUGAAAAUGCGGACGUUAUCAGCACUACUGUCUGAUUCCUAUCAAAGCAAGUCAUCAGAAUCAGGUAAUACACCAACUUAUAUUCUUGUCUUCAUGAAAGAAAGGAAUCUAUAUGUAUUAAACAUGCUUGCAUUAUCUUUAAAGGCCUACUGAAAUGAUUGUUUUAAAUUUAAACGGGAAUUGCAGAUCCAUUCUAUGUGUCAUACUUGAUCAUUUCGCGAUAUUGCCAUAUUUUUGCUGAAAGGAUUUAGUAGAGAAAAUCGACGAUAAAGUUCGCAACUUUUGCUCGCUGAUAAAAAAAAGCCUUGCCUGUACCGGAAGUAGCGUGACGUCACAGGAGCUAGUAUUCCUCACAAUUCCCCAUUGCUUACAAUGGAGCGAGAGAGAUUCGGACCGAGAAAGUGAUGAUUACCCCAUUAAUUUGAGCGAGGAUGAAAGAUUCGUAGAUGAGGAACGUUACAGUGAACGACUUGAGAGGCAGUGAUGGACGUAUCUUUUU